GGUUCUCUCCUCCCCGACAACCCGCCCGGCAUCCGACAACCAUGAAGGUCGAGUUCUGCAACUUCUCGGGCUACAAGAUCUACCCCGGCAAGGGCAAGCUCUACAUCCGCUCGGACUCGAAGAUCUUCCGCUUCGUGACCUCGAAGGAGGAGUCGCUGUUCCUGCAGCGCAAGAACCCGCGCAAGAUUGCGUGGACGACCGUCUUCCGCCGCGUCAACAAGAAGGGCGUCUCGGAGGAGGUGGCAAAGAAGCGCUCGCGCAAGACGGUCAAGCACAACCGCGGCGUCGUCGGCGCCGACGCGUCGGCCAUCCUCGCCAAGCGCAACCAGCAGCCGGCGGUCCGUGCUGCUCAGCGCGCCGCGGCCGUCACCGAGGCCAAGGACAAGAAGAAGGAGCGCGAGUCGCAGCGCAAGUCGCAGCGCUCGUCGACCAAGCCCAUCGCCAACGCCGUCCCCAAGGGUGGUAAGGUCGGCCGUGGCGCCCGCUAAGCGCGGCCCUGUGUCUUUCCCUCCCUUCCUCCCUUCCUCCCGAUGCCAUGGAUUUAGUCGAGAUGGAACCCCGACCCGCGACGGUGCGAUUGUUGUGGCUAUGCGGCGGCGCGAGCGAGCGAGCGAGCGAGCGAGCGCAGUGUAGCGUAACGCAGCGACGAGGGCGCGAUAGAGACUCG